AUGGUUUUCUUCCAUGUCUCAGCCUCGGCCUCUUCCUUGAGGCUGGUGUGUUCCUAUGACAGCAAGGCUAGAGAUAGAGUGGAUGGCGCGAAGGUCACGGUUUCAGAUAUCGAUCCAAACUUGUGUACCCAUCUGAUCUAUGCCUCUGCUGGCAUUGACCAAGGAUACAGGCUGGCCCCCAAAUAUACAAAUGAAGAAAAAAACUACCUGGCCUUUAAUACACUCAAAACCAGAAAUCCAAAGCUCAAAACCCUGCUGUCAGUUGGUGACUUGGACCUACAAAAAUUCAGUGAAAUGAUGUCAACACAACCAAGGAGAGCAAGGUUCAUCCGGUCUGCUAUCAUAGGACUGAGAAACAAUGGGUUCGAUGGGCUAAACCUUAUCUGGAGGUACACCGGAGGAGCUGGAAGCCAUCAACAGGAAAAGCAGAGAUUCACACUGCUGUGCAAGGAGCUCAAAGAGGCCUUUGUGGGUGAGGUGAAACAAACAGGCCGUGACAGAUUAAUCGUCACCGCUAGUGUCCCUGCUGAGAAGGCAACCAUCGAUGCCAGUUAUGAAGUCGCACAGAUUGCCAUGUACCUGGAUUUCAUUAAUGUGCUGACAUUUUACUUUCACGGCCCCAAGGAAACUGUCACAAGACAUAACAGCCCCUUAUUCAAGGGAUCCAAAGACACUGGAGACCAUAUCUACUUGAACGCUGACUACGCCAUGCGGUACUGGCGUGACCUGGGAGCACCUGCACAAAAGCUAAACCUGGGGUUAGCGGCAUUUGGGGAAACUUUUGAGCUCUCCUCUGUAUCAAGUGGUGUUGGAGCACCAGUUAAGGGUCCUGGUGAAGGAGGCUCAUACACCAGCACAGCCGGAUUCUUGGCCUAUUAUGAGAUAUGCCCUUUUCUUGCUCAUGCUGCAAUCCAGUCUAUUCCUGAUCAGAGAGUUCCAUAUGCCGCUAAGGGAAAUCAGUGGGUUGGAUUUGAAAACCAAUACAGCCUUGUUAAUAAGGUCUGUUACCUAAAAGCUAACGAAUUUGGAGGAGCCUUUGUCUGGUCGUUGGACCUGGAUGACUUUAGUGGACAGCUCUGUAAGCAGGGCAACUACCCCUUCAUCAGCCAAGUGCAAAGUCUUUUGAAAAAACCUUGUGAAAACCCCUGUAUUGGCCAAGUCAAUGGGCAAUACCCCAGAGCUCAUGACCCACAUUCUUUUUACAACUGUGCUGACGGACUAGCCUACCUCCAACAAUGCGCAGCAAAUUCUGUCUUUAAAGAAUUCUGCCGUUGCUGUGUACAUCCCACAAUCACCCUCACUUCCACAACAAAGACCAAUCCCACUACCAAGACCACUCCUACUACCAAGGCUAAAAAACCUUCUGAAAAACCUUCUGUAAACUUCUGUGCUGGAAGGAAAAAUGGGCUCCAUCCCAACCCUGAUGACCCAGGCACUUAUUACAACUGUGCUAACGGAAGAGACUACCUCCAAUGGUGCGCAGCAAAUUUGGUCUUUAAAGAAUCCUGCAAUUGCUGUGACCAUCCACCAACCAUUCUCAAUUCCCCACCAAUGACCACUCCCGCUACCAAGACCACUCCUACUACCACAACUGAAAAACCUUCUGCAAACCUCUGUCCUGGAGGGAUCAAUGGGCUCCAUCCCAACCCUGCUGACCCAAGCACUUAUUACAACUGUGCUAACGGAAUGGCUUACCUCCAACAUUGCCCAACAAGUUUGGUCUAUAAAGCAAACUGCAAAUGCUGUAACUUUCCCUAAAUAUAGGCCUAUGUAAUUGUUGGGGUAUCUAAUUGUAUGUGGGUUUUCCUGUUGCUAUUUAUAUACAGAUGUUGCAUAUAUGUAUAUCUAAAUGUGAAUAAAUAUAAA